AAGGGCGACCAACAAAAUUAAAUUAAACAAAAAUCCUAAAACUCUUCUUCCUAAGUAGACAGUCCUCAUACGUAUUCUCACGAGUUACAACUUAGGAAUAGUUGACUUAGCCACUCAAAAACUUCUUUAAAUUCUGUCCAAAACAUUAAGUUCCACCACACUCAACCACUUUAUAAUUUUUUUAUUUGUGCUCACAAACAAACAAUCCAAACACAAAAAAUGAAACACCACCCAAUUAGCCUAUUUGGACAACACAACAUUUUUUUUCUCAAAUUCUUCAUUAUCUUGUUCCUUAGUUGUAUAGCCACAAGAUUCAACUUUUGUCUUUCCAACAUCCCUUCAUCACUAAAAACACUUCCACUUGUAGGACAUUUGAGUUUUGAUGAACUUAGCCUUACCAAAGCAUCAAGAGAUUUUGGCAAUAGGUACCAAUAUCAUCCAAUGGCAAUUUUGUAUCCAAAUUCAGUUUCUGACAUUGCAAACACAAUAAAACAUAUAUGGAACAUGGGACAUAGCUCUCAUCUUACUGUUGCAGCAAGAGGACAUGGACAUUCACUUUCAGGACAAGCACAAACUCAUGGAGGAAUUGUGAUUAACAUGGAAUCACUUAAGGUUUAUGAAAUGAAUGUAGAUGUUAUAGGGAAUGAUUCUCCUUAUAUUGAUGUCUCAGGUGGUGAGUUGUGGAUAAAUAUCUUGCAUGAGAGUUUAAGAUAUGGGUUGACACCUAGAUCAUGGACAGAUUAUUUGCAUUUAACAGUUGGUGGUACUCUUUCAAAUGCUGGUGUAAGUGGACAAGCUUUUAAGCAUGGUCCUCAGAUAAGUAAUGUUCAGCAACUAGAGAUUGUUACAGGAACAGGGGAAGUGGUAAACUGUUCUAAGGAUCAGAAUGGAGAACUCUUUCACAGUGUUCUUGGAGGACUUGGUCAAUUUGGCAUUAUAACAAGGGCAAGAAUUCUCCUUGAACCAGCCCCUUCAAUGGUAAAAUGGAUUAGAGUGCUAUAUUCAGAUUUCACAGCAUUUACUAAUGAUCAAGAGAGAUUAAUAUCUGAAGAAAAUGCAUUUGAUUACAUUGAAGGAUUUGUAAUAAUAAACAGAACUGGUCUACUAAAUAACUGGAGAUCAUCUUUCAACCCACAAGACCCUCUUCAAGCAACUCAUUUUAAAUCAGAUGGAAAAACUCUCUUCUGCCUUGAAUUGGCCAAAUACUUCAAUUUCCAAGAAAUGGAUAUAGUAAAUCAGGAAGUUGAGAGACAUUUGUCACAUUUAAACUAUAUCCAAUCAACCCUUUUUCAAACAGAAGUUACAUAUGUAGAGUUCUUAGACAGAGUGCAUGUAUCUGAGAUCAAAUUGCGUUCAAAAGGUUUGUGGGAUGUUCCACAUCCAUGGCUCAAUCUAUUUAUACCAAAAAGCAAAAUACACAGUUUUGCACAACUCGUCUUUGGGAAUAUUCUAACACAAACAAGCAAUGGCCCUGUCCUUAUCUACCCAGUAAAUAAAUCAAAGUGGGACAAUAGAACAUCUGUUGUUAUUCCAGAUGAAGAUAUUUUCUACUUAGUGGCAUUUCUUUCCUCUGCAGAUACUUCUUCCAAUGGAAGCGAUAGCUUAGAACAUAUAUUAAGUCAAAACAAAAGAAUUUUAGAGGUUUGUGAAAGAGCUAAUCUUGGAGUGAAGCAAUAUUUGCCUCAAUACAAUACACAAGACGAAUGGAGGGCCCAUUUUGGUACACAUUGGGAGGGUUUUAGACAAAGAAAAUUUGUUUAUGACCCAUUUGCAAUACUUGCUCCUGGCCAAAGAAUAUUUCAAAAAACAAUAAUCUCUACAUGACUUCAGCCAUCGAUCACAUUUUGUGAUUAUUAGUUUAUUAAAAUGAAAAUGCCCCUUUUGGCACAUGUGACACAUGGAAAAUGUUAUUUGAUUAGACAGAUUUGGAUACGGACCGCACACAUUGUAAAGGAGAACCGUUGAUAGCGUACAGUUAAAAGGGAGAAAGAGAGAUUUAGAAAAUUUGAAUGGUCAUGUUUUUAUUUCUGCCAAGUUAAUUAGGAAUUUUGUCUAUGUAUAUCAUUAUUGAAUUGAAUAUUGAUGCAAAAAUUACCAAACGUGGUUAUUAUUUUUUU